GAGCGACUUAGCUUCGCUCCGCCCAGGGGCACGCGUAGGCUAACUAGGCUGUGUCUGGAGGCAGCGCGAGUGGAUCUUGCCCGCGGUCAACAUCGUCCGGCGGCAUGUCUCGGAAGCGCGCGGCGCGCAGCCAUAAGGCCAAGAAAGCUAGCACAGCUCGGCAAGAGGAGGAGGAGGCGGAUGUCUUUGAAGAUAAGAAAGUGAAACUCCCAAAGAAGAGCCUUCGCUCAAAAGUUUCACAAGGAAAAAGGAAGAGAGGUUCCAGUGAUGCUGGAGGCCCUGUAGAUGGUCCAGUAAAAAAGAAAGUGACCAAGGUGACUGUUAAAUCUGAAAACCUCAAGGCAAUAAAGGACGAAGCCCUCAGCGAAGGGGAAGAUUUCAGAGACUUUUCACGUGACCUCAAGAAGGCACAGCGUCCAAAGAGAGAGGCUGUCACGGACAAUGGCGGUGAUGAAGGAGAUGAGGAAGAAAGUGAAGAUGAUUGGGAAGAGGUUGAAGAACUUAGCGGACCUGCACAAGAUGACAUGGGAGGAAGUUCGGCCUCACAGUCUGUUCCGCCUCUGAAGCCAGUGGAGAUAGAAAUUGAAACACCAGAACAGGUGAAAACAAGAGAAAGAAGGGAAAAGAUAAAAAUGGAGUUUGAGACCCAUCUUCGGAGGAUGAUGAAACGUUUUAAUAAGGAAGUCCACGAGAACACACACAAGGUUCAUCUACUCUGCCUCCUGGCAAAUGGCUUCUAUCGAAACAGUGUUUGUAGCCAGCCAGACCUGCUAGCCAUUGGCCUCUCUAUUGUCCCAGCUCGCUUCACCAAGGUGCCACCUGAAGAUGUGGACUUGGGCUACCUUUCCAACCUGGUGAAGUGGUUCAUCGGAACAUUCACUGUUAAUGCGGACCUCUCAGUGCCUGAGCAAGGUAACCUGCAGACCACGCUGGAAAAGAGAUUCGCUAUUUAUUCUGCACGAGAUGAGGAAGAGUUGGUCCAUAUGUUCCUGCUGAUGCUGCGUGCCUUGCAGCUCCUGACCCGACUGGUACUGUCUCUGCAGCCCCUUCCUCUGAAGCCCUCUGUGGACAAGGCUCUGAAGUACAAUUUGCAAAAAAAAAAAAAAAAAAAUAGUUUUGUUUUUCUGCUUAAGAGAAAGAAACUUCCUAAGGAUAAAGCCACAGAGGAUUCUGGAGAUGCCGCAGGAACUUCUAGUCAAGUUCCAGAAAACCAGCCCACACUGCAGACUAGCAAAGGAACCAGACAGGGAAAAGCCUUUCCGAAGAACAAAGCAGGCACCAAAGGGAGGAGAACAGCAACCACAGGCCGCACAAAGCACAGAGAGCCCUCUUCCAGUGAGGGUGAGGCGGCUGGGCCCAGCAAGCAGCAGCCUCAGCAGCUCCGGCAUAGUCGUGCCCAGCGUAGGACUCCUAGGGUGUCUUACAAAGUGGAGAGUGGGAGCGACCCAGCUGCCAGCAGCUCUGACUUUGAGCCUUCCAGUGAGGAAGCCCAUUGUUCCUCUGAUGAGAGCUCUGAACCUGCCCCUCCCAGGCAGAGGAGGCCCUCUGCUCCACAGUUGAAGAAGGCUGGCUCCAAGAAUGACUCCAGGACCCAUCCAGGGAGCCGUCGCCAGCACCCAGCAUCUUCCAGCUCUCUGGGCAACAAGAGAAGCAAGAAAGUGUCCCAGGAUGAUGAAGAAGCAGGAGGGAAAGCAGCUGGUGUAGACCAGUGGCUGGAGGUGUUCUGUGAGAAGGAGGCAAAGUGGCUGUGUGUGGACUGUGUGCACGGGGUGGUGGGCCAGCCCCGGGCCUGUUACAGAUACACCACCAAGCCCGUGACCUAUGUCGUGGGCAUUGACAGCAAUGGCUGGGUCCGAGACGUUACUCAGCGAUAUGACCCAGCCUGGAUGACAGCCACCCGCAAGUGCCGGGUUGAUGCGGAGUGGUGGGACGAGACUUUGAGACCCUACCAGAGCCCAUUUGUGGAAAGGGAAAAGAAGGAAGACUUAGAGUUUCAGGCAAAACACCUGGACCAACCUCUGCCUUCUGCCAUUGGCACCUAUAAGAACCACCCUCUUUACGCCCUGAAACGACACCUCCUGAAGUACGAGGCCAUCUACCCCGAGACAGCAGCAGUGCUGGGGUACUGCCGUGGUGAAGCUGUCUACUCCAGGGAUUGUGUGCAUACCCUGCACUCCAGGGACACAUGGCUGAAACAGGCAAGAGUGGUGCGGCUUGGCGAGGUGCCCUACAAGAUGGUGAAAGGCUACUCCAACCGUGCCCGCAAGGCCCGGCUCGCCAACCCUCAGCUGCAGGACCAAAAUGACCUGGGCCUGUUUGGGCACUGGCAGACAGAAGAGUACCAGCCCCCUGUGGCCGUGGAUGGGAAGGUGCCACGGAAUGAGUUUGGGAACGUGUACCUCUUCCUGCCCAGCAUGAUGCCCGUUGGCUGUGUACAGCUGCACCUGCCCAAUCUGCAUCGUGUAGCCCGCAAGUUGGACAUUGACUGCGCCCCAGCUGUCACGGGCUUCGACUUCCAUGGUGGCUACUGCCAUGCUGUAACCGAUGGCUACGUUGUCUGCGAAGAGUUCAGAGAUGUGCUUCUGACUGCCUGGGAGAAUGAGCAGGCCCUCAUUGAGAAGAAAGAGAAGGAGAAACGUGAGAAGCGGGCUCUGGGGAACUGGAAACUGCUGGCUCGGGGGCUGCUCAUCAGGGAGAGGCUACGACUGCGCUAUGGGGCCCAGAGUGAUACAUCAGCUUCACACACAGGUACAGGAGAUGGGCUGUCUGAUGAGGAGGAGGGGACCAGCUCACAAGCAGAGGCGGCCAGGAUCCUAGCUGCCUCCUGGCCUCAGAACCGAGAAGGUGAGGAAGAACAGAAGCUAAAGUGCCCCAGGAGGACCCGAAAGGCGAAGAAAGAGGCUGCUGGCCAUCUGUUCCCAUUUGAGAAGUUGUGACCUGUGUUCCUGCUUCCAGGUGGAUCAGUUCAGGCCAGACUGAGUUCCUGCUGUAUGUUUCCCCAGGGCUACUCACCAAAGCCCCAGGCUGGGGGUGCUGCUCUGGAAUCCCUGUUCUUUCCAUCUUUGGAGAUGGGAUCAAUUUGUUUUCUUUAAUAGAAAGCACUGGGAAACUUGUGGAUGGAGGUAACCUAUCCAUCUCCACUGACCAGACCCUGUACCUUGGCCUCUCUUGGGCCUUAGGAUCCUUUCUCUGCAGAUCACUUAAUCCCUAAGUCAGGUCCCUACUGCUGAGCUCUGCCUCUUUGUAGAAGAUGAAAAGUGAGAAAGUACAGGCCCCCUUCGAUCAUGGCAUUGGCGCUGGGGCUAUUUCCUAAAGUCACAGCAGAAGACUAGGACAAAGAGUAACAUAGGCAAGGAAAACUAAUUGAGCAUUAAAGUAAUGUUAUAAAUAUGUGGAUCAGUGUUCAGGUAGAUUUCACUUAUUACCAGAUACAUUUACAAAGCUCUAUGUGCUCUUUGUUCAGGAUAAAUAAUUUUAUAACAUUUUGAGAAAAAAUAAAGCAUUUAUCUAAA